AGAAUAUUCUGAGAUAUGAUUUAAUGAUGCUCGAGGUUAAGUCUGAUCAUCAGUUGACUUCUAAAGUUUACAUUAUUAUCUUUUUAAGUAGUGAAUAGUUAUGGUCUUAUAAUCUGACUCAAAUUCCUCAAACUUUCUCUACUUAUAUGAAGUAGAAGUAUUUGUUUAUACCAAACAAUCCAGCCAAAAACUCCUAAUUCUAAUUUUAAGAGAGAGAGAGACACAGGUGAAGAAGAUGACUUCGCUCUGCGUUGUCGCUUUUACUCUUCUCCUACUCUUUGUAAGCUGUAGUGCUCGACCAAUAUAUCAGCUCCCAAGCAAAGAAAUUAAAGGUAGAAAGCAGCCCUUGCAAACUUCACGUCCAUAUAACCUUGCACAUCGAGGUGCCAAUGGAGAAUUUCCAGAAGAAACUGCUCCUGCAUACCUGAGAGCUAUUGAAGAAGGUGCAGAUUUCAUAGAAUCAGACAUUAUAGCCACUAAGGAUGGUGUCCUUAUUUGUCAUCAUGAUGUCAAUCUCGAUGAUACUACUGAUAUUGCGGACCACAAGGAGUUUGCUGAUCGCAAAAGAACUUACGAGGUUGAAGGAGCCAACAUCACUGGAUUUUUCACUGUUGAUUUCACAUGGAAGGAACUUCAAACCUUGAGGACAAAGCAAAGAUUUCCAUUCAGGGAUCAACAAUAUAAUGGAAAAUUCCCUAUUAUUACUUUUGACGAGUACAUCUCCAUUGCUCUUGAUGCUCCAAGAAUUGUUGGGAUAUAUCCAGAGUUAAAAUCCCCCGUGUUUAUCAACAAACAUGUGAAGUGGCCUGGUGGCAAAAGGUAUGAGGACAUUUUUAUAAGGACACUGAAAAAGUACGGUUACAAAGGUUCAUACAUGUCAAAAGACUGGUUAAAACAACCUUGUUUUAUCCAAUCAUUUGCUCCAACUUCACUUGUGCAUGUAUCAAAUCAGACUGAUCUGCCGAAAAUCUUCUUGAUUGAUGACGUGACUGUGCUAACUCAGGAUACUAACCAGACUUACGCCGAAAUCACUUCAGAUUCUUAUUUAGACUACAUCAAACAAUAUGUUGUUGGUAUUGGACCAUGGAAAGAUACACUGGUUCCAGUGGUGAACAACUAUAUGCAAGCGCCUUCAGAUCUAGUUGCCAGAGCGCAUGCUCGUGACUUGCAGGUGCAUCCUUAUACCUACAGAAAUGAGAACCAAUUUUUGCACUUCGACUUCCAUCAAGAUCCAUACAUUGAAUAUGAUUACUGGAUAAACAAGAUAGGAGUGGAUGGCUUAUUCACGGAUUUCACAGGCAGCCUUCACAACUACCAGGAAUGGACCUCUCCACUCUCCAGAACUUCUGAUAACGCUGAUGUUCACUCAACGUACUUGUUGCAUAAGAUUGCCAAAAUGUUGAGAGGUUAUGAUUGACUGCAUUAACCACCUAUUCUUUUUGACGUCGACGAUAUUAUUAUACAAAGAAAAUUAUAGUGGUAAUCUUCAUUAUGUUUAAACUUGAAACAUGUGGAUGUUAUUAUUUAGCAAAGUUCGGUCAUUAAAGAUUAUAUAUAUGAUUACUGUUCUA